GCAUCAACGCCUGAGGAUGUCAAUAUCAAUUCUAGAUCCAUUGUCUGAUCUUUUGAAUCAACCUCCCACCCGUCCCCCCUCGAUCAGCCGCCACUCGCCAAUCAUGGACCGUCCGUUGGCCGGCUAUUUGUCACAUUCUCUAUAAACUUGAUCAUUUGCUUCAUGGAUUUGAUCCACCUCCACCAGACCUCUCACUGUGCUUCGCUCUAUUACAAUGGUUGACCCCUAGCCCUCACACAAUCACAACUGAUUAAAUCCUUUCUUUACCCUUGUUUCCAAAGGAGUUUUUUAGCAAUAUAUAGUUUAUUAUAUAGAGACUUUAGGAUCUUCCCCAGGCAAUUUUUGGUGCUCAUUGGUUUUCAAAUAUUGUAAUAAAAAGGAUUUCUGUUUAAACGUAGUCAACAAUUA